CAGCCAAGUCACUGCCAUCCGCAUCAGAUUUCUUGCGCCAAGAAGGACUGGGGAGCGCACCGCAUUACUGCGAGUGAGCACGACAGCAGAGCAGAGGGCGAAGGAGCUGUACCGAGACCAGAAGCUGCAAAGAAACACAACGGCGCGACGCCAAACAAAGCCGCCAAGUUGAGACGCAACUAUGGAGAGAGCGAUGUUGGGACGCUUCGGGAUUUUCUGCACCUUGCUUGCUGUUGCGCUGCAAGUAUGUCUGGCUUCGGUCACGGUCAAGGUGACUCCAGAGGUGGAAGUGAUUAAAGGGGAGACAGCUAAACUGCAUUGCAGCUAUACCACAUCUGCACCGGGCUCUGCCAUUGUGGUCCAGUGGUUGAUUGAGGUUGCAGGUGCAAGAAAGCAAAUUGCUUUCAAGUCUCCACAAGGUUUUGGUGUUGAUUCAGGCACAACAAUGACAGAUCGCUUAACCAUGGGAGAAGACCUGUCCAUCACCAUCUCCCCAGUCAUGGUGGAAGAUGAGAGAGUCUACAUCUGCCAAGUGUCCGCAGGAGCUUUAGGGUUCUCUGAAGAUAAGACCCAGAUCAAGGUUUUCUUUGCUCCAGAGAAGCCAAUAAUUACAGGAAAUAAUCAGGCUAUUACCGUCAGUCCCAAAACUACCACCUCUGCUGAAGUGGGCAAAUGCAUCAGUAGGAAUGGUUACCCUGAGCCUCGUAUUAUCUGGUUUAAAGAUGCCACCCCUCUGCCUGAAGUAAAGGACCAAAAGGAUACUGUAUAUAUGAUACCUAGUCUGGUGAAAGAAGCCUCAGGCCUGCACACCAUGACCAGCACGCUGUUCAUGAAGCUGGUUAAAGCCGAUGCUAAAUCAGUCUUCCACUGCACGGUGGAGUACACCAUGCCAAACAACCAGAUCAAACAGGAGAGCUCCGAUAAGUUCAGCCUCUCGCUGCUCUAUUCGACAGAGACGGUUUACUUCAAACUGAAGAACCAGGGGCCAGUGAAAGAGGGGGACGAUGUGGUCAUGGAGUGUGAGACUGAUGGAAACCCUCAGCCAGAGUUUGAAUUUUAUAAAGAGGACGUAAAACUGGAAGGAUUAAAUGGAAUGCUAAAAGUGAAGAGCGUCACUCGAAAGGAUGAAGGAAGCUAUAAGUGUGAAGCUCUGGAUUUUGAUGCUGAAGACGAUGUCGACCUUUCCAAAACUCUAAGCUUAAAUGUACACUAUCUUGACCCUGUGGCAGUGUCCCCAGAAGGCCCACUGGUUGCUUCUAAAGGAGAUACCGUGGAGCUUCAGUGUAAGACCAAGUCCUCUGAUGAAUACACCCUGCAGUGGAGAAAGGACUCAAAGGAGCUGUCCCAGAUGGGUGUGUUGACUCUCCAGUCAGUAACUCUGGCUGACGCUGGUGUGUAUUUAUGUGUCGGAGCUGUACCUUCAGUGCCUGGUCUCCGAAAACAAGCCAAUGUCACCCUUACAGUCACAGGUGCACCUGAGAUUGCUGCUCCACAACAUGGUUUUGUUGAUAAGGAAGGAGGGAUGGUCACCCUCAACUGCUCUGUUCUUGGGUAUCCUGCUCCACAGUUCACCUGGACACCUUCUGGAAAAGAGUCAGUGACAGUAAUUGGGAAUAAGUUUAUCAGCACAGUCACUCUUGAGGCCUCGGCUGCGGUUCUAAAGGAUGGUGUGAUUUGUGAAGCAUACAACAAGAAUGGAAGAGACAGCAAGAGCUUCAAGGUGUCCAUCAAAUCAGAUCCAGACAAAUCAUCAAAUCCCAAUGCUGCUAACCGAGGAAACCCUGUGUUUGAAACAGCGGAGAAACAGCAGGGAGGUUCCAGCGCGGUCGUGAUCGCCGUGGUGGUGUGCGUUCUGCUGCUUCUCAUCCUGGUUGCUCUGCUCUUCUUCCUUAGCAAGAAGGGCAAGCUGAGCUGUGGGAAAAAGGACAAGAAAGAUGUGGCUUCUGGAGGAGAGAAAGGUAGUAUUGUGGUGGAGAUGAAGUCCAAUGAGAAAGGCAAUGAAGGGGCUGUUCUGCUAAACGACCCAAUUGCAAAACAGUGAUAAAAAAGGUACAAGUAAAAACAAGAUCUUCAGACACCUAGAGGAUGAUGAUGAUGGAGGACAAGAGAGGAGACGGAGAAAAGAGAUGAUGAAUUCUUUUUAGCUGUACAGUUUUCUUUUUUUGAAAGAUUGUGGGAGGGGCUAUGAUGUUGAACUGAGGGUGGGUUUCAGUUUAGAAGUGGGAGGGGCAAUAAAUGUAAAUCUGGCAUUAUUUUGAUAAAGCUGCAUACUGUGUCCUGAUUACGUAAUCAAGCCAAUCUUUGUAGUACAACUCUGUGAAAAUGUGGAGUUCUUCUACUCAAAACAAAGCAGAAAAUUCACUGUGGACACUGGAUGCUGUGCUGCACCCUGGUUAUGUCGAUUAGUUUGUUAGUGUUGUUAAAUUAGUGCAGGACCGCCUCUUUUUGCAUUACAAACUGCACUUACUAUGUACAUUUUUGAUUGCGAACUGCACACAUGCCAUUACACUGAUUAGCAAACCCUACAGACCACUAUACGCUUCGGCCGUGAUGUGCAUGGAGCAUAUGGAUGUGCCAUUAUACACACGGUCCAGCUGUUCCUUUCAGCGCCUUAGAUACACCUGUAUGUUUUGAGCUAUAACCAAAAGCUAGAGGUGGCAAAAAAGAAAUAGCAUGUGUGUGAGAAUCCCAUUUAAACCGUAUAUCUGAAUGCAUGGACCCAUUCAGCUCAAGUCUGAGAGUUGAGGAAGAGUUACAGAACUAACUCAAUCAUCUCAUUCACUCUGUACUGCACUGAAUUCCAUUCGACAGCCCAAACAUGUUCAAAGACUUUAACCUAACUCUGUAAUUAUUACACAUGGGUUAGUAAGAGGACAGGUCUAUUUUUUAAAAUGCAUCCUGUAAGGAUUAAUAGUUCACUUUUUUAUAUAGUCUCAACUUCACUAUUCUUUUGGAUGAUUAAAACGCUGAUUGGAAAUGUUCUACUCACGGAGCAGAAAUCAUAAUGAAAAUACUGUCCCAAUAUGCUAUUCUGUUUGAAGUUUUUCCGACACUAUUAAUAUCACUAAGUUUUUCAUUAUUUAUAUUUAGAGAAACAUAUCAAAUGAAACACUUUUAGCCUUUUCUUACAGCUUAAAAUUUUUCGCUCUCUGUUUAGUUAUGUGAAACCCCAAGGCUUUAUGCUUCCGCAAUUCACACAACAACAAUUUCUCUUAUCAUUUACUUAUCCUCAUAUCAUUCCAAACCUAGAUAACUUACUUUCUUCUGUUGAACAAAAAUGAAGAUUUUUUUUUUUAAAACUGGUUUUGUACGUAAUGAAAGUCAAUGGAGUACAGAACCAAAUUUGAUCCCACUGAUUUUCACUGUAAAAACAAAAAAAAAUAGAAAAUUAAAAAUGACAUGAGGGUGAGUAAAUUAUGAUAUACUGGAAAUUUUACUUUGUGGGAGAACUAUCAAUUUAAAUUCAGAGAGCAAGGAGCUAAACAAAAAAAAGGUCAAAGUUGAAGGGCAGGGCCAGAAUUGUAGGCUAAUCUUUUUUUUGUUGUUGUUGUUAUUUAUCAAUAUUGCUAUCCAUUGCCGCUUUCACCUUGUUUCCUAAAACCAAAAAUAUGAGUGAACAUGGGGUGCAAAAAUGAUUUCUUUAAGCUUGUAUACGACUUUACAAGUUUCUUUGUUGUGCAUAUAUAUGUAUUUUGUAUCUUUUUCAGUAAAAGCACACUGUUGUUCAGGUGGCACAGCUGGAACAUUCUAGAAUCACUAUGUUGUUGGAAAACCCUGUCAUUUUUUCCCAGGCCCUACUGUUAAACAAAGCGGUGAGCCUUGUUAUUUACUUCAAAUAACAGAUUCACAAACUGCUGUUCUUUGAGUCGGGUCCUCCGCGUGUCAGAGCAACACCCAGGGACAGUUUUACAAACGUUUAUGCAAUUUUUGAACAUGGUCACAGACACUUAUACAGUAUACAUACAGUGUUUCUCUGUACCAACAAAACAGUGAUUCUAGAGUCUCUAAGCAGCAGGUUUGGUACAAUUGGAUGAGGGUAAAACGAGGACUGAGGAGAGGUGAGGUGGAUAGAGAGUGGAAGAGGGCUUGGUUUGGAUAUAACAUUAUUAUUUUUUUACCUACUGAGUCUUUGUGUGUAGUUGAGAGUAUUUUAAUGAAUCAUUAUGAAUUGUCCAGUAGACACAUGGAACGUGAGCUAAAGUAUCUCUGAACAUCUCAAACACUGGAAAAUGUAUGAUGGCCCCUUUAUGAAGGCCUCUGUUUUAGACUCCUCAUAGAAUAUUUUUUACUUUUAUCUUGAUGCUCUUUUUUACAUUUAAUGAUUUCAUUUUGCAAAAUGUGGUCAUGUGUUCUGUCAAUGCAAUGUGUGAUUUAUAGUUAUGGUCAAUAUUUGCAUACAAGUUAUUUGAAUGCCCAUUUCCUAGAGUAUUGUGUAACAAAAAAAAAGGUUUUCUUAAAAAUACACGUCUUAACUACUGAACGAUUUAGCAAUUUCGCUGGUUUUGCAAGAAAGAAGAGCGCUGUUUUGAAUAAGAUGUCAUACUUUAUGGAUGUCUGCAAUUGUUUGUGCCCUCCAGGUAUACUGUAUAUUUGUGGUACUCAUUUGUGAACUUUGUAGCUUGUCUUCUUCUGAUUGGAACUGUGUAGAGUUUAUACUGCCAAACAAAAACAACAACAACUACAACAAAUCUGAAA